AUGCCUGACAUUCCCAUUCAACCACUGACUGCACUCCUGCACAGAGACAUGAUUGCAACAGCUGUAAGCAAUAUCCUUUAUUUUAUAUGGACAUGGACACCUAUAGUCGUCAAUGCCCUACUGAGCGUCAUCAUGACGACUCGGUUACAUGCCAUGUAUGGGCGAUCCAACAAGAUACUCAUCUUUCUCGCUGCAGUCUUGCUGGUUUCCACAAUCGCCACCGCAGUUCUGACGAUAAUUGGAAAUCUGGGCUAUUCAGGGGGGGAGUCGGUUCUCUCUGGUUACCAUAUGUGCAUUUUCAGAUUGGACUCAGGCGACAAUGGUCUGAAUGAUGACAAGAUGAUAUCCACCGCCAUAUGGGAUAUUCUCGCCCUGUUUCUUGCAAUCCGGAUUGUUAUAAAACAUUUCUGUGAACUGCGACAAUUGCAGAGAGGAUCGACCAUUGGGGACUAUUUCACGGUGUUGAUACGAAGUCACGUGUUGUACUUUCUAGUCUUUGUUGUCAUGGCUUGCUUCACUCUUGGGGCACUGUCUCCAAAUAUCAUGCACUCACCUUCCCUGGGAGCUAAUGCGUAUGGCGGCAUUCUCUGCAUUGCCCAGGGGAUCCAUAUGUGUGUGCUGGGACCACGUCUGAUCCUCAGCAUUCGUGAACAUAACGCUAGGCUCGUGGCGAGCUCCGACGCGGAAACACACAUGACGUCCAUUGCUUUCCAGGCUGGUGGAGAUGUGUUGACUGGUGGAGAUGCAUUGACUGACGGAGAUGUGUAGCGCUGUGAACCAUCCAAGUGAUCAACUCCGGAUGUCCAGGGAGCAUGUAUAUAUUUUAUUUCGACUUCGUUGUGCUAUUUAAGUGUAGGUGAUAUGGUAUAGGAAGUUGAUCCCUGUAUUAUAUGUUGUUUCGGAGGAUAGAAUUACGUCUGGC